GUCCUCGGCGGGGCGCGGCGCGGCGAGCCGUGCGUUGCGCUCCACGUGGGGAAGCUGGGAGCAGCCGCCUCCAGACCCAGAAGAGCCGGCGGGCGGGCGGGAGCGCGGCCGCUGCUGAGCCGGAGCAAUGGGCGGCCUGGAGAAGAAGAAGUACGAGAGGGGAUCCGCCACAAACUACAUCACUAGAAACAAGGCCCGGAAGAAACUACAGCUGAGCCUUGCAGACUUCAGGCGUCUGUGUAUCCUGAAGGGGAUCUACCCCCAUGAGCCCAAACACAAGAAAAAGGUGAACAAAGGGUCCACUGCUGCCCGGACCUUUUACCUCCUCAAAGACAUCAAGUUCCUCCUUCAUGAGCCCAUCGUCAACAAGUUCCGGGAGUAUAAGGUAUUUGUCCGAAAACUCCGGAAAGCGUAUGGGAAAAGCGAGUGGAAUACCGUGGAGCGGCUGAAAGAUAACAAGCCCAGCUACAAGCUUGACCACAUCCUCAAGGAGAGGUACCCGACCUUCAUCGAUGCCCUGCGGGACCUGGAUGACGCGCUGUCCAUGUGCUUCCUCUUUGCCACCUUCCCGCGCACUGGCAAGUGCCAUGUGCAGACCAUCCAGUUGUGCCGCCGGCUCACUGUGGAGUUCCUCAACUAUGUCAUCGCCUCCCGCUCCCUGCGCAAGGUGUUCCUGUCCAUCAAAGGGAUCUAUUACCAGGCCGAGGUGCUGGGGCAGCCCAUCACCUGGAUUGCUCCAUAUGCCUUUGCCCACGAUCACCCGACGGACGUGGACUACAGGGUCAUGGCAACUUUCACGGAGUUCUACACCACACUGCUGGGCUUUGUGAACUUCCGCCUCUACCAGUCCCUCAACCUGCACUACCCCCCCAAGAUUGAAGGCCAGGCUGAGGCAGAGCGGAAGCCGGAGGAGGGGCAGGCGUAUGCCAUGGACUCGGAGAGCUACAUGGAGAAGCUGUCGGCUCUGAGUGCCAGCCUAGCCCGAGUGGUAGCGCCGAACCCAGAGGACGAAGUGCAGGUGGAUGAGUUCCCUGUGGACGGGGAGAGUGCGGAGCAGGAGGAGGCGAGGAAGAAGGAGCAGGAGGCAGUAGAGAAGCAGAAGAAGCUGUUUGAGGGGCUGCGGUUCUUCCUGAACAGAGAGGUGCCUCGGGAGCCCAUAGCCUUCAUCAUCCGGUGUUUUGGAGGCAAUGUCUCUUGGGAUAAGUCGGUGUGCAUCGGUGCCACCUACGAUGUGAGGGACCCAACCAUCACCCACCAGAUUGUCGACCGGUCCAGCCUGGAGAAACAGGUGAUAGGCAGGUAUUACCUCCAGCCGCAGUGGGUGUUCGACUCAGUCAAUGCCAAGAUGUGCCUCCCAGUGGCUGAUUAUUUCCCUGGCGUGCUGCUGCCCCCGCACCUCUCGCCCUUCGUUUCGGAGAAGGAUGGGGACUACAUCCCGCCUGAGAAGCUGAAGCUGCUGGCCCUGCAGAGGGGCGAGAACCCAGCAGAAGAGAGUGGAGAGGAGGAUGACAGUGAUGAAGAUGAUGAAGGCUCAGAAGGAGAAGAGCACUCUGAAAAGGAAGAUGAAGGGAAACUGAAGAAGCUGGAAGAGCAGCGAUCCCAGGGAAAGAAACUGCCAGCGAAGGUGUCGGUGGGCACGGUGCGGCUGGAGGACAAGCAGCGAGCAGCCCAGGAGGAGCAGAGCGAGGAGAAGCGUCUCGCCAUCAUGAUGAUGAAGAAGAGGGAGAAGUACCUCUACCAGAAAAUCAUGUUUGGGAAGAAGCGCAAAGUCCGAGAGGCGACCAGACUCGCCGAGAAGAGGAAAGCUCAUGAUGCUGCCACAAAAUCCGAGAAGAAAACCAAGAAGGUGCGACGGGAGUGACGGGGCUGUCGGGCUCUGCCCUCCCUCCAGGAUUGGAGCUGCCCCUUGGCCCGGGAGACCUGCUUUCUAGGCUGUACCUCAGGCCUUCUCCAGGACAGGCCAAACUGAACAGAAGCCACCAUCAUCUGGCCGGCUGUGACCUUCAGCUCUGUCAAUGCUCUGGGGACACCCCCAUUACCACUUAUUCCCUCUAUUUAAAAACAAAACCAGCCUCUUCCCCCAUCCUCCAGGACCCCAUCCAAGGCGAGGCUGCGGGAUCGUUCUUUGUCUGCUUCACCCGCUCCAAUGCCAACAGGUCAUGGGUGGGAGGGGGCAGUGGAUAUCCCCCACCUGGUCUCUCCUGGCAGAGCCUCCGGGUAGGCAGAUGAGGAAAGGGAAGAAUCCUCGUGGCUGCAGCAGAUCAUGGAUGCAGCCAAAGGUCCCCAGAGAAGCCGAAUGGCCUGUUAAGUGUCAGCAGCUCUCCCUAGGUCAGGGGAGGGGAGACUGUGCCUGGUGCAGGCGAACAUCUUGGGGCUCUGGGUACAGGUAAAAACGGGACCCAGGGUGAGCUGGCCCAGGCCCUGAGCUGGGGCUCCUCCAGCAGGCUGGGCACCUUGGAGCUUGCGGCAGGUGCUGCUCUGAGAGGGAAGGUCCCUUUGCUGCUUGCUUUGCAGGCUGGGGAUCCGCACCGUCCCUUGCAGCCAGUGCAGGCAGGUUGUGGGGUCUCCUGGGAAAAGCUGGCCCUCCCCCCUCCCCCUGAGCUCCCCUCCGCACAGGAGCUGGGGCCUGUAAAUGACUGUGAUUUUUACUGUAUUUUAGUAAAGUCAACUUUCACAGCUGG